GGCCGUCCCGGGCCGCUUACGCGUGGAACACGCGGUCCACCGAGCCGCUCCGCGCGGCAUUACGUCGCGCACCGUCGACCGCGACUGACGUUCACGCGAGAGGAUCGUCGACCGGAUCGCUACCGCCGACAAUCGCGAUCAUGACUCGGUCCGUCGUCAGAAGGAAACGUCAGGAGGCGAUUAUGUAGGAAAAGUGCACCAAGUUCAUCCAAGUGUAACGCCGUGACGUUAUAUCGAUUUCGAGAAAUCGUCGCCUACGUCAUCCUGGCAGCGGCAACCUGUAGGAAUAGAAAUCUGCGACUGAUGAUUUAGUGAUCGCUGGCGACAGUGUUCUUAAAAAGACAUAGAAAAAUAGAUAAAGAAAGAGAGAGAGAGAGAGAGAUUUAAAUGUGAGAUAAUAAAUAUUAGUGAUGACUUAAGAUAUUAAAUGUUAAUAAAUUGACGCUAGACAGUGACAAUGUAUUUCGAAUUGCCGGUCUAUCUGAUCGCACGUCGCGCAAAAAGUGCAACGGUACAUUGCAAGACUGAGUUGAAAACAGCUGCCGCAUCGAUCAAGGAUCAAGACCGGAACGUAAUUCCGCCGUGUUAAGUUUGCAGUGAUGAUCUCGCGGCCGAUCAUGAAAAUCGACGCAAUCGUGAAGAAGGAACGACUGAUCGAUUACGAACGGCGAAAGAUCUACCGCGGUAGCUGGUAGCGAGGCACGACGAAGUCGCCUCCGUCUGUGAAGUAAGUGAAAUCACGACGUCCCAGCCGAGGGGUGCGUGCUUGGGCGACGAGGGGCGGCUACUGGCCGAUGGGAUGCAUCUACCGGUGGGUUCCGUGGGCUGCGGGGAGAAUUACGGCACCGUUGGAUCUCACGAAGGCGCCGGCCCGUGUGGUCCCUCCCUGGCGCCGCUGCAAGGUGUAAACAGCAGGUACCACCAAGUAGACGACGCCGACGCCGGAGGUGGAGGCGGCGAAAUGAGCGAGAGUGCCGCCGUCGGCGAACUAUGGUGGACCGAAAGGCUCGUCGGCGAGGCGCAGGCCGAGCAUCCUGGAGAACUGGUCAGGACAGGAUCGCCGUACUUUCUGUGCAGCCAACUACCGACGCACUGGCGAUCCAACAAAACGCUUCCAGUGGCAUUUAAAGUGGUUGCCCUCGGCGAAGUUGGCGAUGGGACUCUCGUGACAGUUCGAGCUGGUAAUGACGAGAACUGUUGCGCCGAAUUACGAAAUUCUACCGCGUUAAUGAAGAAUCAAGUCGCCAAAUUUAAUGAUCUUAGAUUCGUCGGCAGAAGUGGUAGAGGAAAAAGCUUCAGCAUCACCAUUACCGUGUCGACGACACCACCCCAAGUGGCGACCUACACGAGGGCGAUUAAGGUGACCGUUGAUGGACCACGAGAGCCACGAUCGAAAACGAGACAGCAACAUCAGCAAUUCCGCGCGCUCGGUCUAGGACAAAGGCCCUUCCUCGACGCGCCGACCUCGUUCAGGUCCCACUUGCGAGAACUCGAAUCGUUCGGGAGGAAUAAGCAUCACCAUCAUCACAGCAGCAGUCACUUACACGACCAGCAGACUGGCAACAACGUCACCACGAAUUCGGUUAGCGGUGCCUGCACCAACCCCAACAACACCGACCCGACCGCAUCGCCGGCUUCCAGUACACACCUCGGGGCUACUGGCGGCUCUUCCGUUCAUCAGGAUUGCUACAAGCGUAGUCCUCAGCACGGCGACACGGGUAUCGGUACUACAGAAUGGGCUUAUCCAUCCACAGCGCCGUCUUAUCCGGCUCCUCCAGUCAGCAGCAGUGGUUCCUAUUCUCCUUUACCUGGCGGUGCGUUUUCAUAUCCAGGGGAAUCAUUGUCACAUCAUCCAACAACGGAACCGGUGCCAUUGCCAACCGUACUUCCUUCGGAAACUCAACAGGAUACCUACACGCCGAAUUGCGUGUCCAUGUACUCAGGACAUGGCACCUCGCCGACCACGUCCUUGCCCUUGGUGCCGACCAGACCCAGCGACCCUGACAUUUUUGCCGGUAGUGGCACGGGCAGUGCAGGUAGUCCGGGUUACCAUUACAGUUCCUGGACACCUGGUCCGGCGACCCCGGUCCCAGUGGCUUCCCACAAUUAUAACCCCAAUUAUCAAGGCUACUACAACAAUCCGAGUCAGAAUUACAUCACAGGUCCGACACCGAUGGUCCUCUAUCCUCAGCUAUACAGCACCGUCAAUCAAAACCAGAUUCAUUUGCAUCUGCACGGCGAUCUGAGUGAGGAACAGGUCACUAUAGCCGGUGGCAAUCUUACCAUCAGUAGUAUUCGAGAAAUCGGCGUACUUGGCGAGGAAAGCGAGCAAAGAAACGACGUAUGGAGACCGUACUAAAAAGAAGAGAUCUGUGUUAUAAUAUAAAUUGAAAUUAUGCGACAUAUCGUGUGUGCGACUUACAAUGCGCAAAUUUCCGAGUGUGGCAAUGUAAUUUCUAAUUAGUGCUCUAAUUAGUGUAACAAAGACAGCAGGAUCUGUACCAAGUACUUUCCAGGAGAAAGAUGUGCGUAAGAUAAAUGCUGUAUUAAAUAGCAAUAUUUCUUCGGGUCAUCCGCAGUUACGCGAAUUAACGCAUCUGUAAGAACCCAUGUGAAUGAUAUCCGGUAUGAUUUCUCGUAGUGCGUCGCGUAUAUGAAAGUAAAAAUUAUUGACUCAUUCACGUUGAAGCGAAGUGAGAAAGUGAGAAAUGAACUUUACUAAAAAAAACUUCUUCAAUUUAUGAAAAAUCAUCCAGCAAUGGGAGAUUUCAAUAAAGACUUCUAAUGAGACUAAUCAAUGAGUGAAGAAUCGUCAUUGUGCGCACAAAAAUGAAGAGCCUUUCGAUGUUUCAUGAUGUAUUUGAAAUUCAUUCAUUCAUGUUGAACAUGAGAUGAAAUGAAGUAAACUUUACUGAAAAAAACUUCUUAGAGAUUAGCGAGUCUCUGCGAAAUCUGAUUAAAUAAAAUUAAUAAAACUAAUCAAUGAUUGAAGAAUCGUCAUGUGCGCGCAAAGCGGGAAUCUUCAUUCGAUUGUUAAAACGAGUUGAGAAUCGAAUCACGAAAGCAUCAUUCGAUUCUUGAACGGAGAAGUUAGUCAAACCCUGUAACGUUGUAAAUAUACACAUAUUUUCAGAAAUGAAA